AUUCUGGUGUGACGUAAUCCUCUCCGUUUCACUAUGGCAGGCAGGCCCUUAUCUAGAGGUCUCUGUAAAUAAAGGUAUUAAUACGGUGUAUUCAGAGCUAACAGUCGUGUGUGUGUUUAUAUAGUGCUCGAUGAGUGUUAAGUGUUUCGUUGAUCCUCUCACGGGAGAGACGGUGUUCGGGUAAUAUGAUGUCGGAUACUUCACUGCUCUGAGGAAAAGCAACUUUGAGCUAUGACCCGCCAGUGAACGUCAGUUGUGUUACUUUCUAAGCGCAUGUGCACCAGAGCGAUGGAGAGUGACUGUAGGAUCCCCAUGUCGUGUCUGAGACCCCGGAUUCUGGCCCUGCAUGCUUUAUUUUGGGGCUUAGUGUCUCUCAGAGUGUUUGGAGCAGCUCUUCUUAGCGAUGAGAAGGCGACAGUUGCAGUGACAAAGGCAGUGUCAGCACCAUGUUGGCAGCUGGAGGAGUUUGUGGUGGCUAAAGAGUGCAGUGCAUGCGAAGGUUUCCAUUCAGUGAGUUUCUGGGAUAUGUACACUCAUGCACAAAUUAAGAAGUUUAGGAAAUCAAUACCAGCCUGCAGCCAAACAGGAUUUGUAGAAACGAUCAACUGCACUAAGUCUAACAGAGAAGAAUACAAGAGCUGUCGCUCAACCAAAAUGGAGGAUCUUCUCUUUUGGAAAUUUGAGGGCACAAUGCUGGCUCUCACUGUUGUGUUUGCAAUAGUGGUGGUGGCGAGGCAACGCUCACUUGACCGCAAAGCCUCUGACAAGGUUCGGAGACAGAUAGAAUCUAUUUAGUUGACCGGACUGUGCUUAAAGUUAAGGGUGUUAUAAACUCUCAGCAAAGAACCUAAAAGUUCAUGGAGGCUUCCAGACUUUAUCGCUGGUUUAUUCUUACUGGACGCACAAAGACAAAGCUCUGAACGGACAACUGACAUUACCGGUGGAUGCUGCUUCUGCGCAGGAUUUAACUUAAGUGGACUAGAUGUGAAUCUCAAGAACAUCCAUUCAAAUCAACAAACAGUAUGCAAGACAGGAGUCCCGAUUUUGUAACAGAAGAUGUACAGCUCUGCAUAUACCUGUUCUUUCAAAUGCUGUGAAGGUGGUGUGUGUAGACAGAAUAUGGCGGUGUGUGUUGCAUGUUUUAAAUACUCCUAAAGCACAUCAAGUAUUUUGUUACUGAGAAUGAACUGUAUAGUGAAAGUCCUGAAAGAAGGCAUCAUUUUGUGUUUCAUGGCUAUGGGUUUAAUGUUAGACAGGGUGAGUUUCUGUAGAUAUCAAAGUUUUGUUUUGUGUUAAUUUUGGAACGUGCUACACUUCCUGACUUCCUCCAAACUGACACUCAUCCAUUCAUUAACAUUGACAUGUUUCUUCUAGAAACCUAAAGUAGUUUAAUUAAUCUUAUAUGUGCAGUUGUCAUUUGUUAAAUCCUUGUUUUCAGUAUAUUCCUUUAUAGAGACUUCUAGGUGCUCUGUAUUAAAGUUUUAAUUUUUUUUUCGGUCAUUGUGUUUUACUUCCAGUCUUUGCCCUCUUGAGUGAAAACAGAUAUUUUAUAUACAGUUAUGUGAACAAAUGUCUUGGUUCAUAAUGCCAGGUUUCAAAAAUACCAGCUCUGUACUCGAUGCAAGACUGCGUUAUAGUGUAUUUUGAAGCUACCUGACUUGGGAUGAAAAUAAGAUUUAUUCAGUUGAACCUUACUCUUUCUUUUAAAAGCUCUUCACAGAAAAUUAUCAACAUAGUGUCAAUGACUUGUCACUGAAGGUGAUAUUGCAGUGAACUUAAGAGAUUUUGUGCCAUCAUGGUUUUGGGUAUAGCACUUUUCCCCAUUAAUUUAUUUAUAAUUCUGAUUGGUUUGACAGAGUAAUGCCUUUUUGUUAAGGCUGAUUGGUGUUUUUUUUAAACUCCACAAUUUAAGAAGGAAACCAUGUGAAUUUUGUCAGGCUUUGUGCCGUAGACAAUUUUAAUGAUCUACCUAAAAUGUAAAGGGUAUUUUCAUGAAAGAUGUGUGACACUUCCUGUCCUUGAUACGGAACUGAGGAAUAAAUGGGAAUAAGCAAU